AUGUUCAUUAAGACCAAAAUCUCUACUGAUAUUCGUGGUUCUGUUGAACAUUAUAACAAUGUCAAGGCAUUAUUGAAGGCUAUUGAUGAACAGUUUGAGACUUCAGAUAAGGCACUUGCCGGCACCCUGAUUAUGAAAUUCUCAUCAAUGAGGCUCACCAGUGUGAGAGGUGUGCGCGAGAACAUCAUGAAAAUGCGAGACUUAGCGGCUCAGCUAAAGACUCUUGAGGUUGAAAUGUCUGAAACUUUCCUUGUGCACUAUAUUUUGAACUCUCUUCCUUUACAGUACGACCACUUUAAGAUAUCUUAUAACACGCAUAAAGAUAAAUGGUCUAUUAAUGAACUUAUGGCCAUGUGUAUUCAAGAGGAGGGUCGAUUGCUGAUGGAAACAGGAGAAAGUGCAUUCAUGGCUACUCAGGGAAAGAAGACCUACCAAGCCAAUAAGAAGUGGAAAGGAAAAGCACCAGUUGAACCUGAACUUGAUAUCAAGAAAGAGUCCAAGAGCCGUUUCUGUAGAAAGAAGGGGCAUAUAAAGAAGGAUUGUAUCAAGUAUCAGAAAUGGCUUGAAAAGAAAGGGAUUAAAAAAACAUGCGGAAGCCAGUGGGAGCUGAGCGAAGCAUCUAUUCUGGAAACAAGAUGCAGUCGCGUGUGGAAGCUAUUGGGACAUGCGCUUUAGUUCUUAGCGGUGGUUUCAUUUUAGAGUUAGAAAAGAUCUUUUAUGUACCUAAGUUUUCUAGGAAUUUAAUUUCAGUUUCAAAACUUGUACCCUUGGGAUAUUCCUUUCUUUCUAGAAGGUUA